AUGGAGAGCGGCCAAAGGAGCAACGACGGCCAGCCCCUGCCUCCUCUCCAGCACGUCCAGGGAUCCAUAGUGUUCUUACAUCUAGAUCUAUGGACAGGGUCAGUUGCUCCUAUCUGGACGAGCUUUGUCAGGGUCAUGUGGUUGCUGCUGCUACCGCUUUGUCGGGGUCAAGGGUCAAUAAAACUCAGCUUCCAGUGUUCCUUCUGCGGUGUGGAGGAGAUCCCCAAACCGAAACCCUGGCUCCUCUCUCUGCUCGGCACCGCCUACACCAGCGGCUUCGACAGUCAAUCCUCAGCGCCUGUCGCGACAAAGCUCUGGAAGGAGUGUGAUUGUGCUAGCAGAGUAAAAUACUGGAAUCGAUCUGACUGCUCCUGGACUUCCAAGGUGACGCUGGGAGAUUCGUUCUGCCACUUUGCCUAUACUCCGCCUGAUCACCGUUCAUCCAGAGAAAAGAAGAGGAAGGGGAUGGAUGAGCAAGGACCAGAAGGACCAGAAGAAGAAGGGCAAGGGAGAUGGGGCGAUGUGCAUGUCCAUGGAGGUAGUUGA